AUGGUCAUCUCGACACAACUGUUCUCUUUCGCAGCCUUGAUAAGCUUGACUCAGAGUGCCUGCGUUAACUUCGAACUCGAUCUUACAUGGGAAGUCGGGGCACCAAAUGGCCAAGAAAGAGAGAUGAUAUUUGUAAACGGACAGUUUCCAGGUCCUCCAAUAAUUGUUGACGAGGGGGAUGAUGUUACAGUAACUGUGAACAACCGCUUGCCCUUUAACACAACAGUACAUUUUCAUGGAAUCGAGCAAAAAAAUACAGCUUGGGCAGAUGGUGUACCUGGUCUCAAUCAAUGGGCCAUCCAGCCUAAUUUUUCAUAUACCUACCAAUGGCACGCCAAUCAAUAUGGCACAUACUGGUACCAUUCUCAUGAUAUGGCUACACUGCAGGACGGUCUCUACGGACCCGUUCGCAUCCGACCAUCUCGAAGCAGAGAAAAUCCAUUCUCCACGAUCACCAAUGACACAAACGAAAUAGAGGCUAUGAAAGCAGCUGAGCAGCAUGCGGAGCUAAUUAUGGUAUCUGAUUGGAGCCAAUAUACCUCCUUUGACUAUAUGGAGGCGAUGAAAAAGACUGGUUAUGACAUUUUCUGCUCUGACAGCAUUUUGAUUCAAGGAAAAGGUUCAUUAUACUGCCCUAGCCAAGAAGAAUUGAAUUCCUUGAUUAUAGACUCAGUAAAAAUGGCCCUGAAUAUCACUUCUGUUACAGACAAGGGAUGUUUACCUUUUGUUACCGGUUCUCAAGGUCUUUGGAAGCACAAUCCUGAGCAACUGCCACCCGGACUAAACGAUGGCUGUGUUCCAAGUAACGGCCUCAAAGCAGUCUUUGAAGUAGAUCCUGCCUACGGAUGGGCAAGCCUGAACUUCGUCGGUGGUGCAAGUGAGAAGGCUCUUGUUGUCUCUAUCGACGAGCAUCCGAUGUGGGUAUACGAAGUUGAUGGCAGGUAUAUCGAGCCACAGUACGCGCAUACUCUUGAAAUGUACAACGGCGAACGUUACGCUGUCCUCAUCAAACUGGACAAAGAACCCGCUCAAUACAAUAUCACCAUUGCUAAUGACGGCGGUAAUCAAAUCAUUGCCGCAUAUGCUACACUUCAGUAUGUUGGCGGAGAGGAAACCGCGCGACAAUCAAACCCGUACAUUAACUACGGUGGUCAACCAACUUCAUCAGACGUUAUCCCCCUUAACGUAUCAACUCUACCCCCAUUCCCCCCGGUUUACCCUGCAAAAUAUGCCGAUGAUUUCUACCUGUUGAAUUUGUCUCGCAUUAACUCAUCCUGGGAAUGGUCCUUGGACGGCACUAAAUUCCUUCCUGCCGAUCUUGACAGUAUGGAGCCUGUGUACUUCAACCCUUCUUCUCCUGAACUUGCAAAUGCACUGAAAAUCACAACCCGGAACAAUACCUGGGUCGACAUUGUCUUUCAAAUCCACAUUGAUGAUCCAACAGUCACACCGCUCCAGCCGCCUCAUCCAAUCCACAAACAUUCAAACAAAAUGUUUCUCAUCGGGUCCGGGCAAGGUGUAUUCAACUGGACAUCUAUUGAGGAGGGAAUAAAAGCAAGCCCCGAAAGUUUUUUUCUCGAUAGACCAUUGUACAGAGAUACAUUUGUCACAUCGCCCAGAGGGAUAGCUUGGAUUGCAAUAAGAUACUUUGUAGAGAACCCAGGGCCAUUUUUCUUGCACUGUCAUAUGGAAACGCAUUUAUGGUCAGGUAUGGGGAUGGUGUUGAUGGAUGGCGCAGACGUCUGGGGAGAAAUGGAAGCUGAUUCCUGGAGCCAAUGCUAG